UUUACUCAGUGCCAGUUACGCUCUUCUGAUGCAAACGACAAGGUCGGUUGGUGGCCAAGUGAAGUGACUCAUAUUUGCUAAUACACAAAGUUACCAAUAAUGGAGGAGGUCUGGAAAAAUGUUGACGUAUUACUUCACAUCUAUCGAAUGCUAGAUUUGGAUGAUCAAAUCAGAUUGUCGAGGGUCAACGUGGACCUCAAAGCCGCGUUUGAGAUGUUCAUUUUUCACAAGGAAGACUACAGCAUUCUGAGUUUAAAUGUCAACCAAGGCUGCUUUGUGGUGCACAAUGGCAGCAGUCAUCAUCGCUGGUGGCUGAAACAUCACGAGCUAAUGGAGUUUGUAAGCUACCAUUGUCUAGCGGUGGAGACAUUUUUCCAGAGAAAUGGCACAAUACUUGAUGUGCGGCCAUUUCGACAUUUGACCUCUCUCAGCUACAGCAAUUGCAUUAUAAACCGUAGACAUUUGAAACUUUUCGCCUCUCUGCCCUUGGAAAAGCUUGACAUAGUUAGGUGUACAGACGAAUUUGGUCGAGAUAUAAUGCCUGGCAACGCCUGGAAUGUUGAGUACUUGAUGCCCAUGAGCAAAUUGCGUUCUCUUAAAGUGAUGUUAACGUCAGACUUUAGAAAACACCGGCUAAGCUUCGGAGAUUUCAGCAGAUUGGUUACCGCAACCAAAUUGGAGAACAUAUCGCUAGACUGUUCGAUUGUUUUGGAGAGGCUAUUGGGCAAUGAAAUGGACAACAAUUCGUCUGAUGCUGAUGUUGUAGCCCUUAAACAUUUGGAUAUAGGCUUGGGAAUGGGCCAAAAUUACAGUCUUUUGCCUUAUGGGAAACUUUUCUCAAGCCUGGUAACUCUUACCAUAUGUCUAAGAGACCCGCCCAUUAACAACGAAAUACUCAUGGAUUUGAACAAGAUUUGUGGCAAUUUGGAAGAACUUCACUUUAAAUGGUCAACAUUUCAGCAUAUUGAAGAUUUUUGUGUUCCUCCCAAACUCAAAGGGUUUUCGCUCAGCUCAUGUAAUGGCUUGAAUGCGGACAACCUGAGGCAAAUACUCAACUUGUCACAUCUAAAGAAAUUCAAUACGACCGAGUCGGUUGAGCAAGAUGAUGCAGAAAUGGUUACGAUUUCUUCAAGCCUAGAGCAUCUGUUUGUUGAUGAGGACUACUGGUAUUCAAAUGUCGUAAUGGCCUUUGGUGGUAGCGAAAACUUAAAACACUUGUCAUGGCUUGCCUCAGGGUUCGUUGAAUAUUCUGAAGCAGACGCUGCAGCCUUGAGAAAAUGUACACAUCUGGAAGAGCUGAAUGUGAAAGUGAUAGAUGUGCCCUCGAAUAUCAUACUGAAGCUAAACUUGCUCAAAAAGUUAUCUAUUAAAUUGUAUACGCCAUCCAUUCCCUGGUGUCAUAUCGAAGAAAUUCUCAAACAUUCGAAUCUCCAAGAACUGACACUUGACGGUUACUUUGAAUACGAUGAUCCACCGGUAGAUGUGAAUGCGCCUAAAAUGGGUUUUGCCAUCGGAGUCAAGCUCAUACAAAUUUCCGAUUUAAUGUUCAAAAUUGGCCUACAUUUUUGGUUAGAUUUGCUCAAACAAAAUAUUCAGCUGCAGUUGAUAGUGAGCAAGCUCACAGCCGAUAAACCAUUUAUAGAAUGUAUGAGGACUAUGAUAAACCACGAAAAGUUUCCGCACGAAGUAAAAACAUUGAAAAUUUGUUGCUCUCUAAUAAAGUGCCGCGAUUUAAAACAAAAUUUUGAGGCUACCAUGAAGAGGGUCAUAAGAGACCUCAAGCAUACACUGGAUGAUAAUCAAGACGAGUUUCAAAUAAUUUUUGAUCGUAAUUUGAGUGAAAUUGUAUAGAUGUUAUUUCUACACAAUACUGUGGCAGCUCCGUCCCAGUCGAUUACAGAGACAUCGAAACCUGUUAUCGAUAGAAGCAGACUACAACGAAGAAAGGUGAAGUUAGUUGCUCGCGACGUAUACAACGUCACAGUUGUGGCCAACACGUUUUUUUUGUAAAUGAAGUUUAUUUUUUUAUUCUAAUAAAGUUGAUUAAAUAGUUGUUAAGUA